UCCCAAAGCGACCCCGGAAGCUUUAGCUCGCUUCCGGCCACCCAAGCAAGCGAAAUCUGGGCAGCGUAUCCGCCGUCGCUAUGUCUGGUUCGGCUUCUGGGUCGUCCGGCUCCGGGGCCAGCUCGGUGACCUCCGUGGUGAGACGGUUCCUAGGCGAGUACAGCAGCGGGACGCCGAGCCGCCUGAAGGUGCUGGACGCCUAUCUGCUCUACGUCAUGCUAACGGGGGCCUUGCAAUUCGGCUACUGCCUCGGCGUCGGCACCUUCCCCUUCAACUCCUUCCUCUCCGGCUUCAUCUCGGCCGUGGGCAGCUUCAUCCUGGGCGUUUGCUUGAGGAUUCAAAUCAACCCACAGAACAAGGGAGAAUUUCAAGGAAUCUCACCAGAACGGGCCUUUGCAGACUUUCUCUUUGCUAGUACAAUCCUACAUCUCGUAGUCAUCAAUUUUGUAGGCUGAUGAAGGAGACUGUCCUGGACUUCUCCUUUUUGCUGAAGACUGGCCCCUAUUGGACAACAUCCCAGGCUCCAGUUUGUUUCCUAACGAGAAAUAGUUUGAGGAUCAAAAUGAUCGAAGGAAUUGGCUGUUGCCUUUUAUGUCUCAAUAAAUUCACUUUUGUUAC